AAUUAAAAUGGCCUCGAAAACCCUCUCCAUCUUCCUUCUCAUCGCCAUAAGCUGCAUCGCUGCAACACGAGCAGCGACUUUCAACAUAACAAACCGAUGCAACUACACGGUGUGGGCGGCAGCCAUGCCCGGCGGCGGCGUAAGGCUUAACUCCGGCGAAUCAUGGAGCCUCAACGUGACGAACGGUACCACUGGAGGACGCAUUUGGGGUCGAACAAACUGCACUUUCGACAACGCUGGACGCGGCACGUGCCAGACGGGUGACUGUGAGGGUGUCCUGGAGUGCAAAUCAUACGGUAAAGCCCCAAACACACUGGUCGAAUUCGCGUUGAACCAAUACAACAACCUCGACUUCUACGAUAUCUCACUCGUCGACGGUUUUAACAUUCCCGUUCAAAUAAGCCCGACAUAUAACUGCAGUUCCGUUAAAUGCGCCACCGACAUGAACGAAGAGUGCCCCACGCAGCUUAAGGUUCCAGGCGGUUGCAACAGCGCGUGCAAUGCGUUCAAUACCACUCAAUACUGUUGCACCGGUGCUUCUAGAUGCGGUCCAACUACUUAUUCAAGAUUCUUCAAGGAUAAGUGCCCAGAUGCAUACAGUUAUCCUAUGGAUGAUGCUACCAGCACGUUCACAUGCCAAGGAGGAACCGACUAUAGGGUUGAAUUUUCAGCAAACUUCGAAAUCGUCAACAACUGCCCUUACACGGUGUGGGCCGCCGCCAGCCCCGGCGGUGGUCGGCGCCUCGACCGCGGCCAAAGUUGGAACCUCUGGGUUGCAGCAGGCACCACGAUGGCUCGCAUUUGGGGUCGCACCGGUUGCAACUUCGACGCCAGUGGUCACGGGCGUUGCCAAACCGGUGACUGCACGGGUGGACUCCAAUGCACGGGUUGGGGUGUCCCUCCAAACACGCUGGCUGAGUUCGCGUUGAACCAAUUCGCGAAUCAGGAUUUCUAUGAUAUUUCUCUUGUUGAUGGGUUCAACAUUCCUAUGGACUUUUACCCUCUGAACGGUGGCUGUCACAAAAUUAGUUGCACAGCUGAUAUUAAUGGACAGUGUCCGGGCGUUUUGCGAGCCUCGGGUGGGUGUAAUAAUCCUUGUACUGUGUUUAAGACCAAUCAGUAUUGCUGCACCGAUGGACCUGGGAGCUGUGGGCCCACUGACUACUCAAAGUUUUUCAAAGAUAGGUGCCAUGAUGCUUAUAGCUACCCUCAGGAUGACCCAACGAGCACUUUCACUUGCCCUGCUGGCUCUAACUAUAGGGUUGUCUUCUGUCCACUGGGAGAACCUCAUGUGCCCCUUCUCAUGCCUGCUACUACCCACAACCAGUAUUGAAUACAAAAUAAGGCCUUCCAUCGCCCUACUAAAAGAUGAAGUUUUUUAAAAACUUCGUUUUUGAUAAUCAAUAAAAGUUGAGUUGGGUUGUGUUUUUCUGUGUGUACA